UCAUAUUCAGCACACACUAAAAACAACACACAUACACACCCUAUUAAACAGCGCUCAUUAAAAAAAUAAAAAAAAAAAAAACAGGAUUAUAUAAAAGUCAAGGUAAAACCACAAUGAAUCGCAUCGACCUCACCCUGGAUGACAUGGCCAACAACAAGUUCCUCACGCUGUAUAGUAGCAUGAUCAAGAACUUCACCACCUCCACGGACUUCUCCUCCACCGAGGUGGUCAGCUUGUUGAUCGUGUUCUACAAAUACGCCUUGAGCAACAGAUCCCGCGUGAUGUCCACCAGCCAGCUGUACAAUCUGUUCCUCGUCAUCUUCGGCAUCUUCGACGUAACCAUCAUCGAACGCAUUGCGAUGAACAUCACGCUGGACGGUCGAUCCAUCACUCCCGACUCCUGGAUUCGACUAUUCCGCGUCUUCUUCACCGGAACUCUGCAUGAGCGAAUGAAGUUUGCGUUUGAGGUUUACACAAGUGCUGGUACAGUGGUUCUGAAUCGCGAGGUGGUCGGCUUGGCCAUUGAAAAUUUCUUCUCAGGAGACGACGAAGAUGAGGUGAAUGAACUCCGAGCGGAUAUGUGUGAAUUCUUAUUCGAAAAAUUCGACACGGACAAAGAUGGCGUUAUAGGCUUUGAAGAGUAUUCUGAAAUUGUGCAAAAACAGCCGGCACUGCUCGAGUUCUUAGGGAAAAUAUUCCCUGAUGACAAGGACAGAUCUUUGGUUGCCUACUGCCAUAACAUUGAGUCGAUGUUUCCGCCAGAUAUAUAUUAAAAAAAAAGAGCGCUUCUUUGUGGUUAAAA